AUGUUUGAGAUCCUCUUUUCUUCCACACCAGAAACCUUCCAAGUAGAUCAGACAGACUGCAGGCCUGACCUCAUGGAGCUGGGGCCCCAGGUGGGAAGUCAGGAGCAGGUCCAUGACAGGACCAUGCAGGACAUCAUUUACAAGUUGGUGCCAGGCUUCCAGGAAGCAGAAAUGAGGAAGCAGAGGGAAUUCUACCACAAGCUGGGCCUGGAGGUGCCAGGCAACAUCAAGGGGGAGGCGUGCUCUGUGAGACAGCACUUGGAUCCUGGCAGUGGUGAGACCAAAGCAGACGACAGUGCACACAAGGCCACCACAGAGGAGAAGCAGGAGGAGGAUGAUGACUACCACUGGAGCGACGAGCAGGUGAGCAUCUGCUUGGAAUGCAACAGCAGCAAAGUGUGGGACCAGAAAUGGAAGUGGAUCCGCUGCUCAGUCCAGGCCACAGUCUUACAUCGGAAGAAGUUCAUUGCCAAAAAGCUCAACCUUUCCUCCUUCAAUGAGCUGGACAUCUUGUGCAACGAGGAGAUCCAGGGCAAGUUCAUGAUGGUCACGCGGUGGAGGUUCAAGAAGGUGCCUCUCCUGCUACACUACAGACACAAGAUGGAUUUGCGGUGA